AUCACAGCUGUCAUGGUGGACAGAAAUAUGACGAAGGAGGAACCGGGUACAGCAUACCUGUUUGAUUUCAUAGAAUUUUGACAUGCUUUAAUGUGUUCAGAUGUUUUAGUUUAAGAAUGACAGCCGGCACCAAGCCACACGAUAUGUUCCUUACCCGUGCAUUAGAGAAGAUCCUCAGUGACAAGGAGAUUAAGAAGUCGUAUCAUUCACAGCUGAAAAAAGCUUGUGAAGUUGCUUUAGAAGAGUUAAAGGAUGAUAGCAGUUCGAAUGGGAACCAGCCCUCAUCAGCCUUGCCACAGCCCAAGAAGGCAGGGUUUGUUGAGGCCGACAAGUAUUUCCUGCCAUUUGAAUUAGCUUGCCAAUCAAAAUGUGCCAGAAUUGUCAACAUAGCAUUAGAUUGUCUACAGAAAUUGAUAGCCUAUGGACACCUGACAGGAAGCACAGUGGACAGCACGACCCCUGGCAAGCUCCUGAUUGACAGAAUCGUGGAGACCAUUUGUGGCUGUUUCCAUGGCCCACAGACUGAUGAAGGGGUGCAGCUACAAAUUAUCAAGGCCCUGCUGACAGUGGUGACCUCAAAUACCUGUGAGAUACAUGAAGGCACAGUGCUUCAAACCGUUAGAACAUGUUACAAUAUUUACCUGGCCAGUAAAAACCUGAUCAAUCAGACUACAGCUAAGGCUACACUCACUCAGAUGCUUAAUGUCAUCUUCUCAAGGAUGGAGGCUCAAGCUGCUCAGGAAGCAAAAGAAAGGGAAAGAAGUGAUAGUAAGAGCUCCAAAAAAGAGGAUGCAGGAAUUGAUGUGGAGGAAGGAAAACAGGAGGAGGGGACAGAUAAAGAAGGAGAUGAUGAGAGACAAGAAGCUCCAGAGGAGGUGGAGAAAGAGGAGACACCUUUAGAGGUUGUACAGGAGGUUUUGGAGGAAAUGAUUAGUCAGGUGACUGGAGAGGACACACCCACCAAAGAAAAUACAGAUCAAUUGCCACCUGAAGAAACUGGUUCUCCAACAGAAAUUGGUGUCCAGCCGGAAAGUUCUCAGCAAGCCUCACCUUCAAAUAUAUCUGAUAACCCUGACAAUCUCAGUGUGUCUGGCAAUGUGGAUGGGGAAAUGACACAGGGGGUAUUUAGUCACAUUCUUCAGAAGGAUGCCUUCCUUGUGUUCAGAAGUCUUUGUAAAUUGUCCAUGAAACCUUUGGCUGAUGGACCACCAGAUCCAAAGUCACAUGAACUUCGCUCUAAAGCCCUGUCAUUACAACUUUUAUUAUCCAUUCUACAAAAUGCUGGACCAGUCUUUAAAACUAAUGAGAUGUUUAUCAAUGCCAUAAAGCAGUACUUGUGUGUGGCUCUGUCCAAAAAUGGAGUCAGCUCGGUCCCAGAAGUGUUUGAGCUGUCCCUAGCCAUAUUCCUUACCUUGUUGUCAAAUUUCAAACAGCAUCUGAAGAUGCAGAUUGAGGUGUUUUUCAAGGAGAUAUUUCUGUAUAUAUUGGAGACACCAAGCAGUUCUUUUGAACACAAGUGGAUGGUCAUUCAGGCUCUGACAAGAAUUUGUGCAGAUGCACAGUGUGUGGUGGAUAUUUAUUUAAAUUAUGACUGUGAUCUUGCCCUUGCCAACAUCUUUGAAAGACUUGUGAAUGACUUGUCAAAGAUUGCCCAGGGAAGGCAGGCUUUAGCUCUUGGUGCUACUCCAAUUCAAGAAAAGAGCAUUAGAAUCAAAGGCCUGGAAUGCUUGGUGUCUGUUCUGAAGUGUAUGGUUGAAUGGAGCAAGGAUCUUUAUGUCAAUCCACAUUCUCAGUCCAAUCUAGGACAAGAGAAAAUGCCUAGCACAGAGACCGACAGUGACUCGGGGAAGGGUACGAUGACAAGUUAUGGCAGUGUGAACUCACUGAAUACUAAUGAUGGGGCACAAACACCAAGUACUCCGCUAGAUAACCCCGAGCAGUUUGAGACUCAGAAACAGCAGAAAGAGAUAAUGGAGACAGGCAUUGAGAUGUUUAACAAAAAACCAAAAAGAGGUUUGCAGUAUUUACAGGAACACGGAAUGCUGGGAAGCACCCCAGAUGAUGUUGCUGAGUUUUUUCACUCAGACGAAAGACUGGAUAAGACUGUUAUUGGAGAUUUUCUGGGAGAGAAUGAAAAGUUCAAUAAGGAGGUGAUGUAUGCUUAUGUGGACCAGCUGCGUUUUCAAGAAAUGGAUUUUGUGUCUGCCCUCCGAAGAUUUCUGGAAGGAUUCCGGCUACCAGGAGAAGCCCAGAAAAUUGACAGGCUGAUGGAAAAGUUUGCUUCUCGCUACUGUGUUUGUAAUUCCAACACAGACCUGUUUGCCAGUGCUGAUACAGCAUAUGUGUUAGCUUACUCCAUUAUCAUGUUAACCACAGAUCUCCAUAGUCCACAGGUAGUCCAUAAGAUGACAAAGGAACAGUAUAUUAAGAUGAAUAGGGGCAUUAAUGACAGCAAAGAUCUGCCUGAGGAGUAUUUAUCACAGAUCUACGAUGAGAUAGCUGGCAAUGAAAUUAAAAUGAAGGUUGUAGGUGGGGUCAAACCAAACAAGUCAUCUCGAGACAUCACCAGUGAUAAGCAGCGCCGUCUGCUGUAUAACGUGGAGAUGGAUAAGAUGGCCAGCACAGCUAAAGCUUUAAUGGAGAGUGUCAGUCAUGUUCAAUCAAACUUCACCAGUGCCACACACUUUGAACAUGUCCGACCAAUGUUUAAGAUGGCCUGGACUCCAUUUUUAGCUGCGUUCAGUGUGGGACUUCAAGAUUGUGAUGAUUCUAACAUUGCCACUCUCUGCUUAGAUGGAAUACGAUGUGCCAUUAGAAUAGCUUGUAUAUUUCACAUGGAGUUGGAGAGAGAUGCGUAUGUGCAGGCUUUAGCCAGGUUUACCCUUCUCACUGCCUCCUCAUCACUGACAGACAUGAAAACCAAAAACAUUGAUACAAUCAAAACCCUCAUCUCUGUUGCUCACACAGAUGGCAACUAUCUGGGAAAAUCCUGGUUAGAGAUCGCAAAAUGCAUUUCACAACUAGAACUUGCCCAGUUAAUUGGUACUGGAGUGAAACCAAGGUCAAACAAAGGCCAUCACAAGGAGAGAGAAAUACAUAAUGCAGGGCAUCCACUAGAGGCAUUUGAUCCAGAAGUGAUAGCAAAGGGUGGUUUGGACUCUAAGAGAUUGGCUAACCUCCAGGAACAGAUGGGGGAGACGAGUUCUCAGAGUGUUGUGGUGGCUGUGGAUAGAAUCUUCACAGGAUCUGUCAAACUUGAUGGAGAUGCCAUCGUUGAGUUUGUAAAGGCUCUUUGUCAAGUCUCAAUGGAUGAACUUUCCAAUGUGAAUCACCCACGGAUGUUCAGCUUGACAAAAAUUGUGGAGAUUUCCUAUUAUAACAUGGGUCGUAUUAGAUUGCAGUGGUCAAGGAUCUGGCAGAUCAUUGGUGAUCACUUCAAUAAGGUGGGUUGUAACCCCAAUGAAGACAUAGCUUUUUUUGCAGUGGAUUCCCUGAGGCAGCUCUCCAUGAAGUUCAUAGAAAAAGGAGAGUUUGCCAACUUCCGCUUCCAGAAAGACUUUCUUAGGCCAUUUGAACAUAUAAUGAAAAGGAACAGAUCUCCCACUAUAAGAGACAUGGUUGUCCGUUGUGUUGCUCAAAUGGUAAACUCCCAACAUGCUAACAUUCGUUCUGGUUGGAAGAAUAUUUUUGGGGUCUUUCAUUUAGCUGCUUCUGAUCAUGAAGAAAGCAUAGUAGAACUAGCAUUCCAAACCACAGGCAGAAUUAUCUUUGCCAGCAGUGGUGUUGUCAAGGGAUCAGAUGACUUCACCUUCUGUAAAGCCAGCAUAUGUGAGAAACAUUUUGCUUCCAUUAUUGACUCAUUCCAAGAUGCAGUUAAAUGUUUGUCUGAGUUUGCUUGUAAUGCAGCCUUCCCAGAUACAAGUAUGGAAGCCAUAAGGCUGAUUAGGAACUGUGCAAAAUAUGUUGCUGAAAAACCCCAUAUGUUCAAAGAUCAUGGAGGCGAGGAUCUAAAUAUUCCAGAGGAGGAUCGUGUGUGGGUGAGGGGGUGGUUCCCAGUGUUAUUUGAACUGUCUUGUGUAAUCAACAGAUGUAAGCUGGAUGUUAGGACCAGGGGAUUAACAGUGAUGUUUGAGAUUAUGAAGACGUACGGUGAAAGCUUUGCCAGCCAUUGGUGGAAGGAUCUGUUCCAGAUUGUGUUCCGUAUCUUUGACAACAUGAAGUUACCGGAGCAACAGAAUGAGCACUUUAAAAGCAAGAAGGCUGAGUGGAUGACGACCACCUGUAAUCACGCUCUGUAUGCCAUUGUGGAUGUUUUCACCCAAUAUUACAAUAUCCUCAGUCCAGUCUUAUUGACGGAGCUGUACAAUCAGCUUCACUGGUGCGUGAAGCAGGACAACGAACAACUGGCCCGGUCUGGGACAAAUUGUCUGGAAAACUUGGUCAUCUCUAAUGGGUCCAAAUUCUCACCUGAGGUCUGGCACCAAACCUGCUCCUGUAUGCUGGAUAUAUUUAGGUCCACAAUUCCAACAAGUUUGUUGACAUGGAGACCUGAUACAGCCGAGUCAACAUCAAUGGUGUCCAGUAGAGAUUCAGAACCUGAUGCUGAUGAAAGCCAGGAUGCAGUUUCAAUGGACAGCAGUCAUGAUAGCCGGGGGCUAGUAAGGGCAGACAGUAACCACAGUGUCAACAGCACCAUAUCCCAGGAUUCCAGAGACCACAAAAUUCCUCGUUCUAAAGUGUCCUCUGACCAGAAACUUUUCCAGGGCCUUUUGAUUAAGUGUGUGGUACAACUAGAGCUUAUCCAGACAAUUGAUGACAUUGUCUUCUUCCCAGCCACCAGCAGAAAGGAGGAUGCUGAGAAUCUAGUGGCUGCUCAGGGAGGAUCAACCGAGGAUUUACAAGAUGGCAGUCAACAGAGAGAGGACCAGGGGAUGUACCAGUUCCUGGCCUCAGACCAACUCUUUCUCCUGGCUGACUGUCUCCUGGAAUCCCACAAGUUUGCCAAGGCCUUCAACUCAAAUCAUGAGCAGAGGAACAUCCUCUGGAAAGCGGGAUUCCGUGGAAAAGCCAAACCCAAUCUUCUGAAGCAGGAGACACAGAGUCUGGCAUGUUUGUUCAGGAUUCUGUUUCGGAUGUACAAUGAUGAGUCCAGAAUGGAUGCAUGGAAAGAUGUGGAAAACAUGCUCAUCACGGUUUGCCGAGAAUCAUUGGAGUACUAUCUAUCCCUUCAGUCUGACAGCCACAGGGAAGCUUGGGGGAGUCUAAUGAUUCUCCUUAUCACCCGUCUCCUCAAACUCACAGAUGAUAGGUUCAAAAUUCAUGCAGCGGCAUAUUACAACUUAAUGUGUGAUGUCAUCAUGUUUGACUUGAAGUUGGAAAUGAGGUCCACAUUACGCAAGUUCUUCAGUCGAGCCGGCCAUGUUUGUCACAUAUCAAGUAGUUAGCAGUGUUUUAUAUUUAUUUCCAUAACCCAGGACUCAUUGGAUGGUCCACAGAUCUUUCAUUUUCUUGUAAUACUUAUGUUGAAGUGUUCAGCACUGCAAGUGCUCUCUUUUAAAAGUGCAUUCAUUGAAUCCUUGUUUUUUUCCCCAAAAGCCUCCAUGUACAAUAUACAUGUACAUAGAUUAAUACAGCAAUGUUAAAAAAAAAGUCAAACAUCUUUUUAAAUCAUGUUAAGUGAAUUAUUUUUAUUUUGAAUAGAGGUUUAUUAACUUUUAUAUACAAUUUAACUUGCCAGAUAUUGGUCUUGUUUUAACACUUUGUAGCAAGUCGAACUAUUUUAUGAAAAUAAGAAAAAAUAUUUAUAUAAACAAAUUCAGUGAAAGUUAGAAAAGUAGUAGAUUUAUGAGAGUGCACAUUCCAUUAUUUUUUUUUUGUAAGAUAACUAAACACUGUGAUAAGUGUAGUUAUCUCAAAACUGUGUUUGUCAAGAGCACAGGUUUAACACGGCCAAAAAUAUGUGUAGAUAUUGAAAAAAUAGCAGUCAAGGAUAGCUUGUUGUAUACUGAUAUAUUUAUCAAAAAUGUAACAUAAAAUUAGAAAUACAUGUAGCUUAUAAAUAUUGAUUUAAUGUUGAUAAAGAAGGGUUGAAGCUGAUACAUGCACAAUAUUAAAAAAAAAACAACUGCAUUCAAUGUCUAGAAUACAUUUUCAUUAUCAGUGCAUGUGUUCAGAAUAGUUGAUUCUGUUGACCUUGAGAGUAAAUAUAAUUAAGAGAAAUGUCUAUAUACUCACACCAAUGUAUUCAGUUUUUUUGUUUGUAUACAGUGGGGACCAAUCAUUUAUUGUACAUUUUUAGUUUUCUGCUUUGAUACAUGUCCAUUUGUAUACUAAGUAUACAUUGUAUUUAAAUUGAAAGCCACAGUACUAUCAUCUAGUUCUAUUUUGUCAGAGAAAUUGACUUUUCUCAUAUAUCAGAGGGUGACAGCAGACAGUCAUAGACCCAUAUCCUUAUACCCGUCAUAAUUAUAGAUACAUGUAGCUCUUCAUACAAUUCUAUAAAGACAUGUAAAUAAAUUGUGUGUAUAUUUCUUGUUCAGAAAUCUCAUGUUUGUUGUAGUUUGCAUUCAUGUACAUGUAUCUGGUAUGAAUUGUUUUAUACACAUAACAGAGUGUGAUUGACUAAUUUUCUUUUAUUUAAGAUACAUAUAUUUACGGCUUUUAAAAUGAAUAAAAAUGAUUCAAGCUCUGAAAAUUAUUAAAUGUAUGUUUAAAUUGGUCUUAGCUUAAUCAGUUAAUAAGCAGCUACAUGCCCGUAGUCAUUUAACCCGUGAUCUCAUCUAUUAAUAUGUAAUUUCCCUUUUUCUCUUUUUAAUGAAUUAUGUAUUCUCUGCAUAUGGCAUGUUGUAUGAGACAGUCUGAGGCAUGAUCAGAUGAUUGAAAACUAGAUGUUAAUUGCUAUCAUUUAUUAUUAAUAGCAGAAUAGCAUUUUACUCACUGAUUAGUUUAAUUUUAAAAGCAUUUAGAUAAAUUCAUAUUUCAUAAAUUCAAUAUUUUGCAGAAUACAUGUAUAGCCAUUAUUGUUAACAGCAUUAUACAAUAUGGUGGUAAAGGAAAAACAAAAUUAUGUCUUGCCGUUGAAGACCUCAAAUGUGAUAACAAUGAAUGUUUUUAUAUAUGUAGGAUCCAGAGUCAUCUAUGGAGAGACUCUUUAUAAAUAAAUAUUGUACUCUGAAGUAA